AUGGGAGAAUUGGUUCAUAAUUCCGAGCCGGAAUUGGCCACAACAAAUGGAAUCCAUGCCAAUGGCACACUGCCAACGUCAAGAAAGAGAGCCAGGGAUCACGCCUUUUCAACCGACCUACUCGUUGUCGGCGGUGGCCUAGGUGGCGUCGCUGCCGCGCUCGGAGCUCUCAGACGGGGCCGCCGCGUCGUCUUGACGGAGGAGUACGAAUGGCUAGGCGGACAGUUGACCAGCCAGGCGGUACCGCCAGAUGAGCACUGCUGGGUGGAGCAGUUCGGCAUCACUUGCUCAUAUCGAUCGCUGCGCGACGGCAUUCGGCAGUACUAUCGCGAUCACUACCCCCUGACCGAAGACGCCAGGCGGUGGCCGGAGCUCAACCCCGGUGCUGGGCAUGUGAGCAAGUUGUGCCACGAGCCGCGCGUCGCGGUGGCCGUCAUCGAUGCCAUGCUCAUGCCGUACAUUGGAAGUGGGCUACUUGUGAUUAAGAAGCGGACGAAGCCGGUGUCAUGCGAGAUGAAUGGUGAGCAUGUGCAAGCAGUGGAAUUUCGACGUCUCGACUUGCAGGAGACGUUCACAGUACGAGCUAGCUAUGUCAUUGAUGCUACGGAGCUUGGCGAUCUACUGCCGAUGACAAAGACGGCGUACGUGACGGGUUUCGAGUCGCGUCAUGACACCGGAGAGCCCAGCGCGCCCGAGGAAGCGCAGCCAACCAACUCUCAAGCCGUGUCCAUCUGCUUUGCAGUUGAUCACAUUGAUGGCGAGAACCAUACGAUCCCCAAGCCGGCCGAGUACGAUUACUGGCGCAAAUGCCACCCGGCCUUUUGGGGCGCGCCGCUGCUAAGUCUGAAAGCGCCUCACCCCAGGACACUGGAGAUCGUCGAGCGCGAGUUUACACCCAACCCCAAUGACAACCCUGCACUGGUGUGUGCCGACCAGCGCAAGUCGGGUGGAGAUAUGAACCUGUGGACGUUCAGACGCAUCGCAGCCCGCGACAACUUCCAACCCGGAGCGUAUCGGUCGGAUGUCUGUCUCGUGAACUGGCCCAUGAUCGACUACUUUGAGAAGCCCAUCAUCGAUGUCGAGGAGCACGAGCUAGAAGAGCGCCUAGACGCCGCGGCAUCGCUAUCCUAUAGCAUGCUGUACUACUUGCAGACCGAGUGCCCGCGGGCAGACGGCAACGGCACAGGGUACCCGGGCCUGCGGCUACGAGGCGAUAUCACUGGCACGGAGCACGGCUUAGCCAUGGCGCCCUACAUCCGAGAGUCUCGGCGCAUCAAGGCCGUCACGCGGAUCGUAGAGCAGGAUCUUUCCCUCGAGGUCCGCGGUGCAAAGGGCGCAGUGCGCUACCCGGACAGUGUGGGCGUCGGUAUGUACCGCAUCGACCUGCAUCCGUCGACGGGCGGCGACAACUACAUCGACGUUGCGUGCUGCCCCUUCGAGAUUCCUCUGGGCGCACUGAUCCCCGUGGACCGGCCCAACUUGCUGGCGGGCUGCAAGAACAUCGGCACCACGCACAUCACCAACGGGUGCUAUCGCUUGCACCCCGUCGAGUGGAACAUUGGCGAGGCGGCGGGUCUGCUAGCGGCGCAUUGUCUAGACACGGGGCUCACGCCGCACGAGGUGCAGGGCAAGCCGGACUUAUUCGCGGCAUUUCACGAGGUGGUAUUGCGAGAGGGCAUCGAGACGUCUUGGCCUGAUGUAUCGGGAUAUUGA